UGCCAAAAUAUUACACAAAGAAAACUAUACAAAAAAAAAUAAAUACAACUACAGCAAUUUAUUUUGCAUUUACUUUUUGCGUACAAAAAUGCCACAGCAAAAGGGUUUUAAUUAUCUCAGAACAAGUGUACUUUUAAUUUUUAUAAUGCUGGCCAAAUCGGAGGGAUCGCCAAUACGAAUAAUACCCAAAACAGAAGUUGUUCCUAAGCACAAAUGGUUUCUAAAUCAGCAGAAUUUGCGAAAUAACUAUCUGACCACAAUGGAAAGAAAACUCAAGAAUGACGAGCGUUUUAAAUUGAAAUCUACAUUACAGCCGAGCGUGUUCGAGAAAAAGGAUUUGCGUAAAUUCGAUAAUGCUCAUUUAACCCCGGGAAUAACUCAACCCAGUGAUGGGCUAAUUAGGAGGCUUGGUUUUCAGCUUCCAGCAAAAGAUACUAACUACUAUCCAAACACUGGCAAAUUGUCCACGGUGUGUUUCGGUAAAUCGACCAUUUACAAUCAGCCAAGGGUCUUGAGAUGGCUUAAAACACAAGUGAUAAGUAAUUUUAGAUCUUAUUAUAUCGAACAACAAGGGCGUAAGUAUUUUUGGGAGCUUCGCAAAAUUCUCUACAUUCAAGGCAGAUCAGAAGAAUGUCACACCAGAAAGAUGAACUCGAGUCGCAAGUAUCUUGAAUGCGCAUUGAAGCGUCAUCAACGCAUGGAAUACAUGAUUCCCCAGUAUCCGCUACACCAAAUUUAUUUUCACAAAUAUACAACAAUACUUCUUGAUAACAUCUAUCAUUGAUUGAAACCCAACAAUAAAAAUGCAAACAAGCUUGGAUC